UUUGUAAUUGAAAAUUGAAAGAGAGAGAGACUCUUAGUGUGGAGUGUGUCUGCUGUGAGAGACGCUGCAUCUUCAUCUUCAUCUGCUCCAUCAGUGGGAAGAAGAGAAGCAGCAGUCGGUGAAGCGACAGACUGAGUGAGAGGAGACAGUGGUGGGACUGGAUGAUCAUCACUGCGGGACGUUGGUCCGGAUGCUGCAGAGAGAAGGAGGAGAAGGAGGAGGAGGUUUUCUCAUCGCAUCCUCUUUGGAAAUUGCAACUGUGAAGGAAAGUGAUUGAAGAAGGAGGAGAAGAAGAAGAAGAAUGGUGUUCAGAGGAGCACCUCCUCUCUGAUUUCAUUUACAUAAUUUCUUCUGAUCACACUCUUCAGAAACUUCAGCUGACGUCUUUUAUUAUGGAAUACCAGCGCAUCAUCACUAGUCAAACAUUUUGAGGUAGUUUAAAAAAAAAGAAUUCUUCUUUCUUUCCUUUUUCCUUUUUGUAGUAGUAGAAUUGUAACUCACAGUUGAACAUAUGGCCAUCAACACGGACACCGACUUCCUCAAGUCCAACUUGGGUGAAGGUGGAGGAGGAGGAGGCGCACCGCCUGCUGCGGACUUCCAGGAGACAGAGAAGCUGCUCACGGUGACCACCGAGCCCGGGGGCAACGGCAUGAAGAUGUCCACCUCCUUCCCGGUCAGUGUGGGCAGCGAUAAGGGCCUGGAGGCUGACCAGAACGGCCACAGCGUCAGUAUGAGGUCGGGCUCCGUCGGGCAGCUGUCCGCCGCCGCUCCACUCUCCCCAUCCAAGGCCAGUCUGAGCCGCUCCUCCACCGGGAACGCCACCGUGCAGGAGAGCCCCAAACCCAGGGAUUACCUGUUCCUGGUCAUCUUCUCCUGCUUCUGCCCCGUGUGGCCUGUCAGCAUUGUUGCACUGGUCUACUCCGUCAUGUCCAGAAACAGUCUGCAGUCAGGGGACAUAGAUGGGGCCAGGAGACUGGGUCGGCUCGCUCGUCUGCUCAGUAUCGUCUCCAUCGUCCUGGGUGUGGUGAUCACCAUCGUCUUCUCAGUUUCAGUAACCCACUGACAUGGAGGACCUGAGGGGGGAGAAAACCUGUAAAACCACAAAGCCAUACCAUGGCUGCAACAAGAAGAAACAUUUCCUUACUUAAUAGAUACAUCAUAAAUACAUCAUGACCAUCCUAAGAAAGCAAAAAAAAAAAAAACCUCAGACAAUUCCUGAGAGUAGGUAUUGCAACAAAUAAAAGAAAAAAACUUAUCUUUCAGAGAUGCAUGCAUGCAUUAGAAUCCAGUAAAAUUUGCUUGACAAAAAUAACCAAGAACCUGAUGUAAAAUUGUUGAGGUUAAAAAAAAAAAAAGAGGGAGGGGAAGGAGAAGGAUGAAGGAAGAAGGAAAUGCCUGUUAAUAUGUGGAUAUGAGAAAUCCUACACAAUUCCUUUUUGGAAUAAUGGACUUCAUGAAAUGAAGCUGAUAAUCACAUGUUUGAGGAGAGUCGAUGAUGAGACUUUUCCUGAACGUUUGAGAAGGGGCUCCUUUGAAAAACGUCAGUUUGGAAGUCAGACUGAGCGGUUGCAUAUAAUCCUCACAUACUCCUUCGUGAAAUCUCUUGCAUUCAAAGCAUAUACAGCUCUAAAUAUAUUUGACAUAUAGAUAUAUGAACAUACAAAUAUAUAUAUAUAUAUAUACAUAUGUACAUUUUAUAAAAAAUGUUUGUAUGCCAUGUGGUGCUGGGUUUGCUAAGACUGUCACUACGGCUGCUUUGUCAGCACUUGGAAACUGGAAAUCCAAGGGUUUGUUUAAAGGGGCCACAGGGAACACUUUUAUUAUUUUUAUUUAUUAUAUUUUUGGAACUAUAAAAAAAAACAAGACCAACUGCAUGCCUGAAUGUAGAUAACCAAUCCCUAUGCCAUCAUUUCGACUGUUGUUGUCUCUUUUAUUAUCACAGGCAGGUUUGCACACGGAAGAGUGAUUUGUGUAUAUUAUGAGUGCAGCCACUGUUUGAGGACUGUGACCUUGGCUUGUUCUGGUAGGAACAGAAACACAUGCCAAACCAUCCUAGAUGUUUGAAAUCCCUUUUCUUUCAUACGCUCAUCUUUCAAGUGGCUGCUGUCGUUCGAAUUUGUGUCUCUAGUCCAUCUUCUGCCCCCAACCACCCAUCUGCACCACCGAUCCCCAUUUCCUGAAACAUUCUUACAUUGUUAUACAUUUACUGUUACAUAUCAGUGAUGCUUUGUUCUCACUCCUUGUAUUGGUAUGAAAUGUAUUUAUAUGGGAAAAUAUAUAUGCAAUAUGUACGCAUGCUGUGGGCCACACUGCCUCACACAUUUAUUUUUUUGUAUAUGAGCAAGCCUGUGAGUUUGACUGAGUAGCAAAAAGCAUUUAAAGAAUCCCUCUUUAAAAUCCAAGCACGACAGAAUUGCCUGUAUUCUUCAUUUUGUCAGAGAGAGGCCGUGUCUAGUCUCUUGUGGAUGCACAUGACUGUUAUAUCGACAUGUUCCGGGCUUAUGCUACAAGCACAGGUAACAUCACUAACAGAUCACGUAGCAUCAUUUGAAGCCACCAUGUUCCUUAGGGCAUUAGGGCUUUUUUCCUCUCUCUCCGAGUUAACCAGGAAACUGUUGAACCAAGUCUCAAUGACAGUUGUUCCUUGUUAAAGGCCUCAUACACGUAAUACAAGAGAAAACGUCAACUACUUAGCACUUUUCAGAAAUCAGAUUUGUCACACUAUGCACCUGAAGUGGGUCUAACGUGUUUCAAACUGCAUAUCAUCAUUGCAAGGCCGAUCAACCGCAAUAUUAUGUCAAGUGUUAACACUAUAAGGUACACGCUUUUUAUGCAAAAUGGGCUCCUAUCAAUUCCAUUCCAUCUCACAGCUGUACAUAAUAAUUACAUUAUUUAUCCAAACAUCUGAAAAGCAGCACAAUCCAAAGAUUCCUCAUGUUUACUGACAAACUCAAGACAAAAAAAUUGUACAUCACACUGCUACCAAAGGGCAACCUGUCAUUUUUGUGUGGUAGAGUUGUUCUUUAACAUUCAACAUGUGUGAACCUUGUAGCCAGGAGUCAACUGUCUAUAACCCUAUAAACACUGUUCUGUCAGCAAAGGUUCAAAAACUUCAUUUCUUUAUAUUGCCCUGUUUCCUUUGCAGUACAUUGUAUGUGCCACUUUUUAACUCUGUAGUGUACAUUUUUGCAUGUGUGGAAUAAAUGUUACCAUGCAUGGUC